GGUCGGACCAAGAGCGCAGAGACGGGUCGGGAAGACGAGCCAGCAACGCCCCCGGCCCCACGGGGGUCCUCCAGGAUCCCGGCAUGCAGCGCGGCGAUCCCGGCGUGCACCGCGGUCCGCGGAGUCGGUUUCCGGGCGCUUUGCUCGGGCGGCGAGAGCAGCGGAUGGGCGGUGAGGGUCUGUGUCCGGCCGAAGGCGACGAGGCGGGGACGACAUGGAAGUGAAGGACGCCAAUUCUGCACUGCUCAGUAACUACGAGGUGUUCCAGUUACUGACUGAUCUGAAAGAGCAGCGCAAAGAAAGCAGCAAGAAUAAACACAGUUCUGGGCAGCAGAACUUGAAUACUAUCACAUAUGAAACAUUAAAAUACAUAUCAAAAACACCAUGUAGGCACCAGAGUCCUGAGAUUGUAAGAGAAUUUCUCACAGCAAUGAAGAACCACAAGUUGACCAAAGCUGAAAAGCUUCAGCUGCUGAAUCACAGACCUAUGACUGCUGUUGAGAUCCAGCUGAUGGUGGAGGAGAGCGAAGAACGGCUGACAGAGGAGCAGAUCGAAGCUCUGCUCCACACCGUCACCAGCAUCCUGCCUGCGGGGCCAGAGGCUGAGCAGAAGACACAUACCAGCGAUGACGUGACAAUGGACGAAGAGGACCCGGCCUAGAAGAGCACCGUUGGCUCCAGGGUCUUGUGAAGUCGAAAGGCCCAGCAGCCAUUUCCCAGACAUUCAAAGGACUGUUUAUUUGGUUUUACCUUCUGUCCCAACAGGCCUGAUUUUGUGGCUGGUUUGGUAAACCACAAAAAUAAGCCUUCCUCAGAAAGAAGCUAAAAAGAAAUUCUUGUGCUUUGGAGAAGAAACCUGGUAAAGACAGGCUGAGGUAGUGGUCAGGGCAGAGAGCUAAAGAAAGGAGGACAGGGUCGAGGAGGACAAGGACGUGGAACCCCCUGUGGUAAAAAUCCUUCCAUGGUCUUUGGCGUGCUCGGGGCAAGGUCCUUGUGCAUAGCUGGUGGAAUACUUCCUUGUUGCCUUUGAUGGGCUCUCGCCUAAUUAAUUCCAUCUGCUUCCCUGGGCGGCUUCCCUGAAGGCCGCGGAGCACUGUUGGGAUGAAAGCUGAGUUAGGAGAAUCCCAGUAGAGGGCUAAAAACACGCAAAGCAGCAAAUGGUUGCUCUGAGUUAAAAUCAGCUACUGACCUUGGCUUACCUCAGAGGACUCCUUUCCUUGCGAGAAACAGAGAUAAAGGAACAGCCUGGCCAUCCCUUCCUCAGGCCCCUUUCCUCUGCUGGCGUGGGCCCUGUGAGCUGGCUCCCUAGUUAGUCCGAAGUGUUAGAGCGCCGGCUCCCUCCCGUUGAAAAGAGGCAUCCAGGCCGAAUGACCACGUCGCCUGCCUUUCUGCCCACCUUCGGUUUCCUGCCCCGUGACAGGCGCUGCUUGUUGAGGCCAGCAGGUGAGCUCCAUGUGCACAAUGGGUGCAUUGUAUCUUUUUAAAGGGCACAGUUAAUGUCUCUCUUUUUGUGGACAGAAUAUGAAGAGGUAGAGGUUGAUUAAUAAGACUUUAAUUUUGUUGGCUCUUGCAAGGUUGCAUCAGUUUUUGAAAAUUUAAAAUGUUAGAAUAAUUACCAUGUGAAGAACUUCUUAAUGUUCAUGCUUUGGAGAGUGUCGUAGCCCCAGACGUGUAGUUGCCCUUAGGUCCUAGGAAUAGUGUUAAAAAUUAAUUCCCCCGUUCACUCUGCUCCCUAUUUGGGGAAGAAAAUGCCCAUAGACAUUAAUUUUUCAAAUUGGUACUCGUUUUGUUGUACGAUUACAUAUUUUCCGUGCUUCUGUUAAUUGGAUUACUUCCCGCCUCUUGCUAUUCCCAGGUUAUUUCAGCCUCCCCACCACCCCUGCCAGCUGGCAGUUACGUUCAUCUUAACCUUAUCUUCUAAGGAUGACUUGAGAUCUGCUCACAGGCAAUGUUGACAUGAACAGGGCAUUUAUUUUUAAAUCUUCUUCAAGUAUCAGGAAUUUUACCAGGAGCUAUUGAUUUGUCAAGACACGUAUUUUGGUGCUCAUGUCAUUGUUGUUGCAUUUUUGAGGUGCUUUUUUUCUUCAUGGAUUUAAGGCUUGAUUAGUUGAUGAUAAAUUGUUUCCAGGUGACUGCCAACUUGUGCUGUUUUUAUCUUUCAAGAGUUUAUUUUGCCUUGAUUAGGAAAAAAAAGAAAUCUGACUUAGAAAACAUAUAUAAAAUAUAUACAUGUUAGUAUUUUUCUUAAAUUGAAUCUAUUUAGAUCCGAGAAUUUAGCCUCAGCUUCUGAUUAGGUCAGACUUACUCUUUAUAAGAAAUAUGGUCUGUGUAAUAUCCCCAUCACAUUAAUAAUCAAUAUUUCAGAAAUAAAAAGUUGUAAUUUACACAGGAUCACAUCUGGGAAGGAGAGCUGGGAGACUGGGAGACUUGCUUUUUUAUUUUAUAUCCUUCUGUAUGGUUUUAAUGUUUGACCAGGUGAUUGUUUUAUUCUUUAAAAAGAAAAAAUGUUUGUUUGCAUGUUAUCCUUGGUCUUUGUGAAAGUUAAUAAAUGCAUUGUCCGUAGUUAAA